AUGGCAACAACUGACCUUGACCACAAAGCGGCGACCGAUCGUUUCUCUGAUGACAACAUCGCGCCCGCGACUCUCGAGCCCGGCCAUGGCCCGUCGCAUAGUAAACUCGUGCCACCGCCGCUGGUGGCUGCAAUGACGCCAGAGCAGCGAAUCGAAGCCGAAACCAAGAUGAGGCAGAAGAUUGACACGAGACUGCUCCCUAUGAUAAUUCUGAUGUAUAUCAUGAACUACCUAGAUAGGAACAACAUCGCGGCGGUUCGGCUAGCAGGUCUGCAGGAUGAAUUGAACCUGUCCAGUGUACAAUACCAGACGACCGUGUCCAUUCUAUUCGUAGGCUAUAUCAUUAUGCAGAUACCGUCGAAUCUGUUCCUUAACAAGACGGGAAAGCCGGCAAUCUAUCUGCCCUGCUGUAUGAUCAUAUGGGGCAUCAUCAGCGGCGCAACAGGAGCUUGCCAGAACUUUGCUGGACUGGUCGCUUGCCGCUUCUUCCUUGGAUUCAUCGAAGCAGCCUACUUUCCGGGUUGUCUAUUCUACCUGUCUGCAUGGUAUACGCGUAAAGAGCUCGGGCUGAGAACGGCGGUGCUUUACUCCGGGUCACUUGUCUCUGGAGCAUUCGGCGGUCUGGUAACAGCCGGCAUCACAGGCAACAUGGACGGAACGCAUGGGCUGCGAGCAUGGCGCUGGGUGUUCAUCCUCGAGGGCAUCAUUACCGUAAUCAUCGCCUUCACAGCCUUCUUCAUCCUCCCGAACUUCCCACGAACCACGUCAUGGCUCACUGAAGAGGAACGCCAACUAGCCGUUUAUCGACUACAGGAAGAUAUCGGAGAAGACGAUUGGACGUCGGCGGAAUCACAGACGUUUUUCCACGGGCUGAAGCUCGCGUUGAUGGACAUUAAGACUUGGGUCUUUACUAUUCUUCUACUGUCGAUUGUAUCUUCGGCAUCAGUUACGAAUUUCUUUCCAACUGUUGUCAAAACUCUAGGUUACGACAACAUCCACACUCUCCUACUCACUGCGCCCCCGUACGUCCUCGCGGUCAUCACAACGUACCUGAACGCAUGGCACGCUGAUCGCACCGGCGAACGCUUGCUGCACAUCAUCCUUCCCCUCUGCGUCGGCGUCGCAGCUUUCAUCCUAUGCGCAGCCACACACUCUACUGCACCACGCUAUGUCGCAAUGAUGCUCAUGGUGCCUGGAGUAUAUACCGGUUACGUUGUCGCACUCGCCUGGAUUUCCAACUCAAUGCCCCGACCACCGGCCAAGCGAGCCGCAGCGCUCGCCUUCAUCAACGCUAUCUCAAAUACGAGCAGUAUCUAUGCGAGCUAUAUGUACCCCCAACCGAAGGGAGGGAAGCAGCCAGAUCUCGUUCUGCCGCUUAGUGUGGAUUGUGCAACAGCUGUGCUGGCGAUUAUCAUGACGUUGGUUAUGAGGAUUAUCUUGGGUAAGCUGAACAAGAAGUUAGAGCGCGGGGAGCAUGUUGAGGGGGCGAUCAAUGCUGUGCCGGGGGCUGGGCAAGAGCAUGGAUUCAGAUUUUUGGUGUAA